GCAGGCACAGACGGACACGAGAGGAGCCGACCCCACACUGCUAGUACCAAUGCCCUCUUGGACUCGUCUUACUAUUUCUUCUCCUCCGCCAUUAUGCCUUUCAGAAGUGGAAAAAAAUCCCAAAAAGAGGGUCGAAGUUUGAUUGAGUGGACUUGACCUCGUCAGCUCAUCUCAUUCCUAGGUUUCUCAUUAGUCUCCACAUUUUAAUCCCCCUUUGUGAACUGUGACCUAUCUCUCCAGUGUCGUCCAUUGCAGGUCUGAUGGAUGGAACCGAUUUAAGUUUUGGAGAUUUUGGAACAAACCCAAUUGAGUUUUGGAGAAUCUUUGACAAACCCUUUUCAUAUUUGGUCUGUAUUACUUUAUUUAUGCUUCUUAGAUGCAAUAAUUGAGGAGUCUGAGGCAAGCCCAUUUCGGCUCGGUUCCAGGUCUGAUUCUGUUCAUUUUGUCUGUUUUCUUUUCACCUAAAGAUUUGGGAUUGGGUUGUGUCUGUAGUGAAUUAUGCAGUUUAGGCGGUGAAGAACAUAGAACUCUGGUCAAAUAUCCACCAAUUGUUAGUCAAAUUACAAUGUUGUCUGAACCCUGCGACUCGAGCUUUCUCCUUGCUCUGCCGGAUGAUGUGUUUGCCAUAGUAUCCCGGUCCCUCUCUCCGAGGGAUCUAUGUAAUCUCAGUUUAUGCUGCCGGAGUUUGUGCGCCCUCGUGGCCUCUGAAAAGUUCUGGCUCACCCAAUGUGAAAUGAUAGGGGUCGUGCCCCAUAGAGACCUCAUCGAGUGGCGAAAGGGUGUCUCUUCCUACGUGGCACUUUGCCGCUUCCUCAUUUGCAUUCAUCCAUUGAUUGGAAUUUGGGUUCAUCAGAACCCCGAGCUUGGCAACGUGGUCUAUGUCAUGCCUGGUUUUGUUUCAGUUGUUGGAUGCCGGAUAAUCCCACAAGAGCUUGGUCCAUUAGGCAUUGAGGAUGGUCCCAUCCUAUGGGCUCCUGUGUUUGAAGUUCUUGGUAAUUAUGAUGGUUCCGCCACAUUUUUCCUCCAUGGAAGGGAGAAGGGAAAUGACUAUUUUUAUCCUGGUUCAGUUAAACCUAUCGAGAGGACUUGCAAUGUGCUAUUGCUUGAGGUGGAGGCAUUGCAAGAAGAAAAUGAGGGAAAAUUGUUGCAUAGCAAGAGCUUAGCUCACCAUUCAGAUAACGAUCUAAGAAAAGUUAGUAGGUCAAAUAUUGGAAUUUCAAUGUCUCAAAGGAUGCUUGGACCGAAUGAGGCGAAGGUGCCAUUUGGUCGACUGGCUUUUGUUGAUAGAAGAAAAUUGCUUAGUGUUGCUACCAGCCAAAUUCGUCAAAAGGUUCCGGAUUCUGCAAAUGGGCUACUAUUUCCAGGGUUAAGAGAUGAUGAAGAUAACUUUCAGAAAGAUCUGGCAUUCUUAUUGGAACGGAGAUCACUGCUUAUGGAAAUGUAUAAGUUUAGUGCUCGUCAAAUUGAUUGGAAGGCAAUUCCUGAGCUGCCAUCUGAUCCUACCCAGUCAGAAUUGAACCAGAUUAGAAAGAGUCUUGAUCGUCCAAGUGGUUUUACCAAUUCCCUCAAUUGCGAUGAUGAUGGUCACGUACAAUGCGCCAAGAGAAAAACUCUUCGUGGCUACUUUAAGAAUAGCCUUAAACAGUUCCUGGGGAGGUCCAGCUCAAUUAAUGUUGGCAAUGCAAUUUCAAGGAAUGGUUCUUCAAGCGGCGGGAAUAAGCAUGCACAACUUCACGAGUUUUUGACGUCAGGUGAUGCAAUAAGACUUGCAUUACAUGCAUCCACUAUCAAGUUAUCUUCUUAUCGAGCAUGGCCAAACAUGCAUGACAGUCGGUUUGCCCUCUACAAGUUGCCCAUGCGGGCCCCAACUGCUGACCAUGAGUAUGCUGGUUUAUGGGGAGGGACUUUUGGUUGGCCUCCUGGGAGGCCUACAGAAGAAAAACCUGGUAAGGCUCUCUUCUUUCUACUGCUCUCUUAUGAGGAGUCCCAAGGGCAGCGGCAUCUUAUCGCAACCAAAAUAUUGGAAGGCACCCACUACGUUCUGCAUCCUAAUGGCUCAGCAAUGUUUAUAGUGAAUAUAGAUGAGCCUUCACCAGAUCCAUUUCCUUUCGAUUCCGAUGUAGAUUCUAUUCCUGUGAAUCUAAAGCAUGCUUUUAUGGGAGAGGGUAUUGCAAAUGGUUAUGGAUUCAGGUAUCCCGGUGCAAAGCCUGGUUCCCUCUUUGCAUUUCAAAAUGGUCUUCUUGCCUUCAUUUGGAAGGAAACCAGGGCAGUCUUGACCUUGCAGAGACUCGACUUGCAAGAGCUGCUGAAGAAGGGUGAACAAGUGCCUGCGCUACCUCCAAUCGCCAACUUUUCAUAUUUGACUCGGUCAUACUCAAACGUGUUUGCAGGCUUCGCAAACAACUCAACUUGUUUGUCUUCACCAAGGACCUCUGAGGACAUAUCUUCCUAAUCUAGAGAGGAUGAGUACUAUUGUGGUACUAGUUGACCACUCGAUAUUAUAAUUACUUAAAAGCAGUUUGUCUAUUUCUAAAGUACACUUGUAUGCUAUUGUUGGGGUACACUGAAGGGACAAAGUGGGUGUGGCUUUGUGUGGAUGGGAAUAGUUUUUUUUUUCCUCCUGAGCUCAAGCUAGGUUAUCUUAUCUUGACUGCAGGACGAUUAGAGUCGGCUUUCCUUAAAGCUCCAUCACGGUUCAUCACUCACAAGCCGUACAUCCUAUCUUGGUCUGUGUAGCCAUGGGCCAUAGUUGAUGCAAGUUCACUUGGUAGGAUUGAAAUGUGAAGAUUCUUGACAGUUAAAUGAGUUAACGAGUGGUGUGUGAAAUUCAGAAUUUUAUCAGGGAACAUAAAAAGUUGUUACUGAUUAUAGUUACACAUAUAAGAUUUCCGAAUUCUGGUUUUAUGGUAAAUUUUAUUUUUUGUGA